UUGGAUGAAUGGGGCGAAGGCAAACCGAAAAGUAUGUUGCCCUGUUGCUAAAAAGCUUGAUCAGUUCUGAGAUGCACACAUAUGUAAGUUGAUGGCUGUUGUAACAGCCAACGGUUUAAUGAUUAUUUUGCAAUCUAGACAUGUUUGUAGCGGUUUAAAUUCUGGAGUAAAAUCGUUUACAUGCAAACAGUAGUGUGCACGUAAUUUUGCCAUGCCUACAGCCGCAAGUUACUUUUGUUGUUUCCCCCGCGAUGUGCUUAGUGUGCGGAAGUGUGUCUGGCGCUUAAGCUCCCAUCGAUUCCGGGGAUGACCGGCAGCUAAUAUAACGAAGCUCGAUCAGUACAACCGGCGUUCAGUAAAGUGCGGCAACGUUUAUCAGACGGCUUUGGAGCAACAACAGCAACAGGCUGUCGAGAACAACAGAUCCGGGGGGGAUUUUUAUUUUGCAAAUGAGCAGUGGCUUAUUAUAGGUUGAAGCUCUAUUGUCCAAGCGUUGUUGCUGCUUUGGCGUGUGAAAGUGGUUUAGCAGCACGUGAUAUAUCGAAGUGUAACGUGACACUGUUGCUGUGCGUCUGUCGUUCUGUCUGUUAAAAAUUAUAAUAACAUCAUGGUAAACUAUUGAAUGGUGCUAGAGAAAAUUUAAUCAUUGCUAUAUAGGUGAAAAAGAAACAUUUGCACCAACUAUAAACAGCUUGUGGAAUCGUAAAAGAACUUCAAGAAACGUGAAAGGCCAGUUUGGAAGCGCGUGUGAGUAGAAAAAACAGUAAGUCAAACAGUGGCAGUAAUGUUCGACAGUGAGCUGAAACCUCAAACGGAAGUGUGUUGCAUGACGAUAUCGGAACUGAUAGAACAUAAACAAAGGCAACGGAAUGACAAUGCUGAUGCGGAAGAUGACUGUAGGGAAAAGUUCCCUUCGGUGGGGCCAAUACUUUCAUCGAAAUUGGGAGGCUUUUGCAAUCGAAAAUUUCUACUGAAACGACUACCGAUUCUCCAGUGGUUACCGGAAUAUGAACUCAACUAUCUAGUGGAAGACAUCGUGGCAGGACUUUCGGUUGGACUGACCGUCAUACCGCAAGGAAUUGCUUUUGCCGUGAUGGCCAACCUGGAACCACAGUACGGGCUGUAUUCUGCGUUCAUGGGAUGCUUUGUGUAUUGCGUGUUUGGAAGUUGUAAGGAUCUUACCAUUGGACCAACGGCUAUUAUGGCACUAAUGGUGCAAGUGUAUGUUGGCAGUCUUGGAGCCGAUUUUGCCAUCUUGCUAACCUUUCUAACUGGCUGUAUUAUCCUAAUGUUUGGAUUGCUCAAUUUAGGAUUUUUGGUACAAUUUAUAUCGAUGCCUGUGACCGCUGGUUUCACGUCUGCUGCCGCCAUAACGAUUGCAAGUGGACAGGUGAAAUCUCUGCUCGGACUGCCCGGACGUUCAAAUGAGUUUGUGCAUUCGUGGAUCAACGUGUAUCAACAUAUCGGUGAAACAAAGCUGUGGGAUGCGGUACUGGGGAUAGUAACAAUUGUUGUCCUUUUAGUGUUACGAAGCUUCAGAGGCAAAUGGUCCGCGGUAGGCAAAUAUCUUGCCCUAGCACGUAAUGCAGUCGUCGUUAUUGGGGGCGCCGCGUUGGCAUAUUACUUUUCCACCGCGGGAUGCAAUCCUUUCUCCUUGACAGGAACGGUAACACCGGGUCUACCACCAGUCGGACUUCCUCCCUUUACAACCGUGCUUAACAAUCAAACGAUCGGAUUUAGUGAAAUGACAUCAAAGCUUGGUUCGUCGAUCAUUGCGCUUCCAUUGAUUGCAAUCCUGGAGACGAUCGCCAUCGUGAAAGCUUUCUCAAAGGGUAAAUCUAUCGAUGCUACGCAAGAACUAGUCGCACUGGGAAUGUGCAACAUCUUCGGCUCAAUCGUGUCGUCCAUGCCGGUUACCGGAUCGUUCACUAGAUCGGCAGUGAACAAUAACAGUGGCGUACGGACACCGUUGGGUGGUAUCGCGACCGGUAUACUGGUGCUGUUGUCACUGGGACUGUUAACAGAUACGUUCUACUUCAUUCCAAAAUCCGUUCUAGCCGGUGUAAUGAUAGCGGCAAUGUUUUUCAUGGUUGAGUUUCAUGCCGCCGUUGAAAUAUGGCGAACGAAAAAGGUAGACAUCAUACCGUUCAUUGUGACAUUGGUGUCAUGUCUGCUGCUUGGUUUGGAGUAUGGCAUGUUGAUAGGUAUCGCUUUGAACAUCUGUUUCGUUCUGUACAUGACGUCACGACCAAAGAUUGAUCAGGCACUUCUUCGCACGCGGUCCGGCAUCGAGGCCAUGGUCGUGAGACCGGACCAGAGCCUUAUCUAUUCCUCCAUCGAGUACCUGAAACAUGAAAUUGUGAAAAUGACGGAUAAGACACAAGUGGCAACCGUGAUAAUCGACGGUAGCAAUGUCAGCUAUGUCGAUAGUACUGCCGCCAAAAUAUUUUCAAGUAUCGUCGAAGAAUUGGCCAUGCGGGGUCGCACAGUAUUGCUGUGGAAUUGGAAUCGCUCGGUAAGGUGUACCAUGAUACGGCUGAACAAGGAACAAUUUUAUCCACUAUUUAAACAGGGUAGUCUAGAGCAGCUAGACAAAGAGGUUUGCAACGAAAGCGUACCCUAGUCGAACAAAUUAAUCUAUCUUAUAAGGCAAAACCCAAAGAUGUAAAUAGAAAAGUAGAACAAUAAACGACCUGUCUUAGGGGUAUUACUAAUAAAACAUUUAACUGUUGACAA